AUGUCAAAACCUGCAAUUGUCCUUGUCCCCGGAGCGUGGCACAAGCCCCAGCACUACAAGAAAGUCAUCAACGGACUACUCAAACUCAGCUACGACGCUGUCGGUGUAUCACUGCCUUCGGUGGAUGCUAAGCCAGCAACUCCUUCGUGGGAGAAGGACGCAGCAGCUGUUAGAGAGGCUGUGUUACAGAAUCUGGAUGCGGGCAAGGAUGUCAUUACCAUAGGACAUUCAUAUGGUGGUCUUCCGAUGGGUGAAGGCGUCAAGGGCUUGGGCAAGAAGGCGCGAGAAGCGCAGGGCUUCAAGACCUCUGUGACGAGGCUGAUAUAUAUGUGUUCCGUGCCUGUCAAGGAGGGCCAGAUAUUCCAAGAAGCCUGCAAACCCGUUACUGAAGAGGAAAUCAAGGCUGCAGAGAUGCAAAUGAAGACUAUGAAGGCUGAUGAGGACGGUAACUUGGUGCCGACCGACAAAGAACUCGGCAAAGAGCGCUUAUACAACCGCUGCGACCCCAAAGACGUGAAAGAAGCCUUGGAAUUGAUCGGAUCACAUUCUCUCGGUACAUUGAUCACGCCAGCCACAUGGACUCCAUACAAAGAGAUCCCGAGCACUUACAUCGUCACCGAGAACGACCUUGCCUUGUUACCAAGCAUCCAAGAACGAAUCAUCGCGGAAGCAGAGGGCGCUUUCCAAGUCGAACGAUGUCAAGAGGGUCACUCCCCAUUCUUGAGCAAUCCGGACUUUAUCAUAUCCUGCAUCCGCAGGGCCGCAGGCGAGAAUGUUUAA